GCUCCGCGGCGGAGGCCUUCGUCGAUGGUGUUCGCGCGCUUUGUGAUGCCUCAUUGUGUCGCGGCGGCGGAGGCCUGAGGGUGACCCGGAACAGCAAAGCGGAGGCGGGUUGCUGGGCAACCGGGUCGGAAGGGAAUAAAGGAGCCAGGAAGCCGCGCCAGGAGGCGCCGUUAACGGAGGGAGGGCCAGCGAGGUGCUUAACGGUUUCCCAGCGGAGCCACGACGACGGAGCCCCGGAGGAGACCGGGGUGGGUCCCCCUCGACUCCUUGGAAUGGAAAGAGGAACGGAAGGAACGGAGGGAUCACAGUUCUUGGCUGCGGGAGAAGUGUCUCAAGGGCUGGCCCAUGAUAACAUCUGUAGAAAAACCCAUAUUGGUAUAAACAUAAGGAUGUGAUCUUUUAUGGUAUCGUGGAAGGAAUCUGUGUUCUAAGUCAACCCAAUGGAUGCAGAGAGCGAUGUUGCAUUAGAUAUUAUAAUCACAAACGUAGUCUGUGUCUUCCGAACAAGAUGUCAUUUAAACCUGAGGAAGAUUGCAUUAGAGGGAGCAAAUGUGAUAUACAAGCGUGAUGUUGGGAAAGUAUUAAUGAAACUUAGGAAACCCAGGAUUACGGCAACCAUUUGGUCCUCAGGGAAAGUAAUUUGCACAGGAGCUACAAGUGAAGAAGAAGCUAAAUUUGGUGCCAGACGAUUAGCCCGUAGUCUGCAGAAACUAGGUUUUCAGGUGAUUUUUACAGAUUUUAAAGUUGUCAAUGUCUUAGCAGUGUGCAACAUGCCCUUUGAAAUCAGAUUGCCCGAAUUCACAAAAAACAACAGACCACAUGCCAGUUAUGAACCAGAGCUUCACCCUGCAGUCUGCUACAGAAUAAAAUCUCUCAGAGCGACCCUACAGAUUUUUUCAACAGGAAGUAUCACAGUUACAGGGCCCAAUGUAAAGGCUGUUGCUACGGCAGUGGAACAGAUUUAUCCAUUUGUGUUUGAAAGCAGGAAAGAAAUUUUAUAAAUGGCCACUUCAUGGCAAGGUGAACUAGCGCAAGUAACUUUUCUAAGACUGCUGUACAUUGGACUAAAAGCAGAGCCGAGGGUGGAAGGAGAAGGACAACUGGACCAACGCAGCUGAGGGAGGUGCAUGUCUUGGCCGCAGUGAGAAACUCCCGUCCCUUUGGGAUUUUAUUUUGAACAGUGCUGUAUUAUAAAAACAAAAAAGGUUUACAAGAUAAUGAAAUUGCUGCUUUUUACAGGACAUUUCUAUUUAUUUCUGCAGUAAUUUCUGUGUGUUUGUAAGCAGAAUUGUCAUGAUAUGCACUAACUCUGGAAACACUUCUUUUAGGUUGGGCUUGUGUUUUUAUUUGUGAAUAGUCUUUUGCAUUUUUGUAUGCUGACCAUUGGGCACCAAAGAAGCUGUAGACAUUAACCUUUUUCACCUGAAAAACAUGCACAAAUAAAAAUAAAAUCUGCAAAACCUUUUUUUCA